GCGGCGGCGGCUGCUGCGGCUGCUGCUGCGGCGGCGAGGGCGGCAGGCGAGGAGCAGCAGCAGCAGCAGCAGCAGCAGGAGGCAGAUGGCGAAGGUACGGCGGCGGCGGCGGCGGCAGCGGAGGGGGUGCAGGAGCAGCAGCAGCAGCAGCAGGAGCAGGAGCAGGAGCCGGGUGGGGAGUAG